AGAUGUGGUACUGGAUCUUCCUCUGGGCUCUCUUCUCCUCCCUGUUUGUCCACGGUGCUGCAGGUGUGUUGAUGUUUGUGAUGCUGCAGAGGCACAGACAGGGGAGAGUGAUCUCGGUCAUUGCAGUCAGCAUCGGAUUUCUGGCCUCUGUAACUGGAGCAAUGAUUACUAGUGCUGCGGUGGCUGGCAUAUACAGAGUGGCAGGGAAGAACAUGGCCCCUUUGGAAGCACUGGUGUGGGGCGUGGGGCAGACCGUAUUGACAUUAAUCAUCUCCUUCUCAAGGAUCCUCGCUACGCUCUGAGGUUUCUGAGGGAAUGUCUAAAUUCACACAAGGACGCAGAUGUACAGAUUCCCUGAAAAUGGCAUUGUUAACAAGUGGAAAUGACAUUGCACAAGAGUGUGGAUGGACUCAGCAAGUCAAAACCCAAGGAAGAAGUUGAGCUGUUUGGAAAGCCUGCCCUCUGGCGUUCACUGAUUGCACUACUGCACUGCACCUUACGUGCCUCCAUCCCAGGCAAGGUGCACUAGAAGCUAUGUGAAGCUGCAAGAAAAAGCACCUUGUUUAGCUGCCAUUCAGGUUAACAUUGGUGUUGAAAUCAUCAUUCUCAACAGUGUUGUGUUAAGUUACAGGGACGUUUUGAGAAAUUGACAUAUGUGCCAAACUCUCUUCUUUUUGUUAACAUUGAUCAUGUGACAAUUUGCAGUAUAGAUGUAGCCGAGUGCUGUGAAGACAUUUGACACGAAUUCAGGUACUGUAGUAAAAUCUUUGUUUGUAAUGCUAAAUCCCACA